AUGAGUGAGGAUUUGAUUGGAAAAGUCAACGCCUUCGGAGAGCGCAUAAGAAUUGGUGGGGCUGAGGUUGGUAGAAAGAUGAGUGCUAGCAUGAGUUCUAUGAGUUUCAAGGUCAAGGAGUUUUUUCAGGAACCAAACCAUGCUGAUAAACUUGUUGGGGAUGCUACCUCUGAGGCCCUUGAUGACCCUGACUGGGCUAUCAUUCUUCAUAUAUGUGACUUGGUCAAUACUGAAAAACUUAACACUGCUGAAUUGGUGCGUGCAAUAAAGAAAAGGGUCGUGACCAAGAGUCCUAGAGGUCAGUACCUGGCUUUGGUUUUGCUUGAAGCAUUAGUCCAGAAUUGUGACAAGGCUUUCUCCGAGGUGUCAGCUGAGAGAGUCCUUGAUGAGAUGGUCAAGCUCAUUGAUGACCCUCAGACUGUUCUUAAUAACCGCAACAAGGCUUUGAUUAUGAUUGAGGCAUGGGGAGAAUUAACCACUGAGCUUCGCUAUUUGCCUGUUUAUGCAGAGACUUACAAGAGUUUGAAAUCAAGGGGUAUCCGGUUCCCUGCUCGUGACAAUGAAAGCUUGGCUCCUUUUUUUACUCCUCCACUUUCUGCCUCUGCUCCAGAGGCUGAUGUCAGUCUUGCCCAAUUGAUCCAGCAUGAUAGUCCUGUGCAAAGUUUUACGCCUGAGCAAGCAAAGGAAGCUUUUGAUGUUGCAAGAAAUAGUACUGAGCUUCUUUUUACUGUGUUAUCUUCUUCAUCGCCACAAGGUGUUUUAAAGGAUGAUUUGGCCACCACAUUAGUACAACAGUGCCUUCAGUCCCAAGCUACUGUCCAGAGAAUUGUUGAGACAGCUGAGGAUAAUGAAGUACUGCUUUUUGAGGCCUUGAAUGUUAAUGAUGAGAUUCAGAAGGUUCUAUCCAAAUAUAAUGAGUUGAAGAAGCCUGCAGUUGUUCCACUUGAACCUGAACCUGCUAUGAUACCUGUUGCUAUUGAGCCAGAUGAGUCACCCCGUUUUACAAAAGAGGAUGGAUUGAUUAGAAAACCAGCUGCUGGUUCAAGAGUUGGAGUCCAUGGAGGGAACCACGAUGACAUGAUUGAUGAUCUUGAUGAGAUGAUUUUUGGCAAAAAGGGUGCUGAUACAUCCCAUAGGGGACAAGAUCCAAAUAAACAACAAUCAUCAAAAAAUGAUCUCAUCUCCUUCUAAAGUUGCCACUACAAACAUACCUGAAUAUAAAAGACAA